AUGUCACAAUCGCCAAAAAGUCACCGUAAAUAUACCGCUAAAGAGUUAGAAAUAGAAGAACAUUACGAAUGGCUUCACGAAACUCAUGCGGAUAUGGUAAAAGUUGUUCAGAUGUGGGAGCCCUUAGUAUACAGAGAUACAGAUACUUUAGUUUGUAGUAUAAUCACUCCGUCCAGUAAAUAUUUCCGCCCCAUGAUCGACUGUACUCAUUGGUUUGCGGCAAAGGAUAUUCAACUCAAGGCGGAUGGCGAGGCGGCUGACUUAGGCAUUCCUCAAUGCGAAGUGCCCAACAUCAUGGAAAUUUGGGCUCAAAGAAGGGCGGAAUUGGCCAGAGGCAAGUCUAUCCACCUGCAUUAA